GGCAAGUCUCGCGGGAUGCUGGCCUCGCUUAACAGACGUCGGGAAGCGACUGCGGGGGACCGUCCUCGCGUUGUUCUUUUCCGCCUCCACAGAAACGACAACUAGGCUGACUUUGAAUGCUGGCUCCUUCAGUCAUCUGACCUGCAGUCCUGAAAGCUCUUUGCAUACGCAUAACUUCUAAAAUAGGAUUGCUGGCAGGAAGUAAAUACCAGAGUGGCAACCCAUUUACAGUACUUGUUUUAUGAUGCAUCACUGUAAACGCUACCGCUCUCCUGAGCAGGAACCUUACAUGAGCCACAGAUGGAAGAGGAGGCGAUCUCGCAGCAGAGAACACCAUGAAGGAAGAACACGAUACCCAACUCGACGGGAUCUUUCAAGGAGAUCACGUUCUAGAAGCCAGGACAGAAUACCCUACCAAAGAGGGUACCGAGACAAAACGGACAGCGAUGUCUACAGGUUUGAAGAACGCAGCCCAUCUUUUGGAGAGGACUAUUACUCUACUCGUCGCUCACGCCAUCAUCGGCGAUCUCGGGACAGGGAGCGCCACAGAACAAGGAAGCACCAGCAUCGCUGUCGGAAACGCAGGACCAGGUCUUGUAGCAGUACCUCCUCGAGAAGCCAACAGAGCAAUAAGCGCAGCAGGAGCGUGGAAGAUGACAAGGAAGGUCACCUGGUGUGCAGGAUCGGCGAUUGGCUCCAAGAGCGAUAUGAAAUUGUUGGAAGCCUAGGGGAAGGUACAUUUGGCAAAGUGGUGGAGUGCGUGGACCAUGCCAGAGGCAACUCUCUGGUAGCUUUGAAAAUUAUUCGAAAUGUGGGCAAAUAUCGUGAAGCAGCCAGACUAGAAAUUAAUGUCCUGAAGAAAAUUAAAGAAAAAGACAAGGAAAAUAAACAUUUAUGUGUCCUGAUGUCAGAUUGGUUCAACUUCCAUGGACACAUGUGUAUUGCUUUUGAACUUCUUGGCAAGAACACGUUUGAAUUCUUGAAGGAGAAUAAUUUCCAGCCAUACAAUCUUUCGCAAAUCCGGCACAUGGCUUAUCAGCUGUGCCAUGCAUUGAAGUUUCUGCAUGACAACCAGCUGACUCACACGGACCUCAAACCUGAAAACAUCUUGUUUGUAAACUCUGAAUUUGAUAUGCUAUACAAUGAGAAAAAGGCUUCUCUCCUGUGUUUGCAGAGUUGUGAGGAGAGAUCCAUCAGGAACACAUGGAUCCGAGUUGCAGACUUUGGGAGUGCCACGUUUGACCAUGAACAUCACACAACCAUUGUGGCUACUCGACAUUAUCGCCCGCCAGAGGUGAUCUUGGAACUGGGCUGGGCACAGCCAUGUGAUGUUUGGAGCAUUGGUUGCAUCCUCUUUGAAUACUACCGUGGGUUUACGCUCUUUCAGACUCACGAGAACAGAGAGCAUCUUGUGAUGAUGGAGAAAAUCCUUGGCCCCAUCCCGCAGCACAUGAUCCGCAAAACUCGGAAACAGAAAUAUUUUCACAAAGGAGGCCUGGUGUGGGAUGAAAAUACCUCUGACGGAAGAUACGUCCAAGAGAACUGCAAACCACUGCAGACAUACAUGCUGCAUGAUUUCACCGAGCACAUUCAGCUGUUCCAUUUGAUGAGGCAGAUGUUAGAAUUUGAUCCUGCCCAGCGGGUUACGUUUGCUGAAGCUCUGCACCACCCAUUCUUUGCUGGCUUGUCUCCAGAGGAAAGACGGCUGAGUUGCCGAGAUUCAAGCCGGGACCUGAGCAGAUGACAGAUAAGAGUAGAGAUUUCUGCUGGAUAUGUACAUAUUCUGAGAUUGGCCUGACUUUUUAUGGUGGAGAUCCAUUGACCCUUCUUUAGAAGAGCGUCCCAAGUUGUUGGUGCAAUGUCAAGUUGGACUCUAGACACGGAAGGGGAAUGAGACAAGAUGGCAGUCCAAAAGCACAGAUUUGUCUCAAAUAUUUAUAUGUUGUAAAGUUCAAAUAAAGUGUUUCAUAUUGUUUGAUAAUUUACUUGUAUGACUGUGUCCAGCUAUUUUUGCUCCUUACCCCUACUGAUCUUUUCUGUUAACAAUAAAAAUGGUGGUUUUGUAUCUUGCCACAAAGUAUGCA